UAUGAAAUGAAUAUUCACCAAUCGAAUGCCUUGCUCCCUUUCUAGAACGCCAUGCAUGGAUGUGCUUUUUCACCACCAUCCAAGCCAUUUGAAUUUGAACAUGCUUCGCCUGUCGCUUCGUCGCGCGGUCGCGUCCGUGGCCGUCAAGUCAGCCCUUCCCCGCCCGCAACAUGCCGCCUUCCGUGCUCUCACCUCGUUCAACGUGUCGGCGCCACGCAACGUCAUGAUGCCGUCCAUGAUCCGUGCGUUCUCGACGGCCGACUCGACCCCAGCGGAUCGCCACGAGUUCCAAGCGGAAACGCGCCAAUUGCUCGACAUUGUCACGCACUCGAUCUACACGGACAAGGAAGUGUUUGUCCGCGAGUUGAUUUCCAACGCGUCGGAUGCCCUGGAAAAGUUCCGCCACCAUCAGGCGGUAGGCGCGACCUUGUUGACCCCUGAAGUCGAGCCCAAGAUUGUCAUCACGACCGACGUCGCGGCCAACACGUUGACGAUCGAGGACACGGGUGUGGGCAUGACCAAGGAAGAGCUCGUGGCGAACCUCGGCACGAUUGCGCGCUCGGGGUCCAAGGCAUUUCUGGAGCAGUUGAAGACGGAGGCCCCCACGGAAACGACGGCGGCGGCCACGGGCAUCAUCGGCAAGUUUGGCGUCGGGUUCUAUUCGGCUUUCAUGGUGGCCGACAAGGUCGAAGUGUAUUCGGCGUCGGCCCUCGGUGACGGCUCGGGCCACGUCUGGUCCUCGGACGGCUCGGGAACGUUUGAAGUGCGCGCAGUGGCGGACGCCGGUCGCGGGUCCAAGAUCGUCAUGCACAUGAAGGAAGCGUGCAAAGACUAUGCCAAACCCGACCGCGUCGAGUCGAUCAUCAAAAAGUACUCCAACUUUGUAGCGUUUCCGAUUCUCUUGAACGGCACCGAAGUGAACGUCGUCCAGGCGCUGUGGACCAAAGAUACCCGGGAUGUGAGUGAUGACCAGUACACGGACUUUUACAAGUUUAUCGCCAACGCGUACGACGACCCGCUGUACCGCCUCCACUUCAAGGCGGACGCCCCGCUCGAGCUCAAAACCCUCUUCUUUAUUGGGUCCUCCCACACUGAAAAGUUUGGCUACGCUCGCCUCGAACCUGGGGUGAGCUUGUACUCGCGCAAGGUACUCAUCGAGCGCCACUCGCCCGAUAUUUUGCCCGAUUGGAUGCGCUUCGUGCGGGGCGUGGUGGACAGCGAGGACCUGCCGCUGAGUUUGAGCCGCGAAAAGAUGCAGGACUCGCGUCUCUUGGCCAAGAUGAAGGACGUGCUCACGCGGCGUAUCCUCAAGUUUCUCGACGAACAAGCGCGCAAAGAUCCCGAAAAAUUUGAUCAAUUUUUCGCCGAAUUUGGCCAGUUUAUCAAGGAAGGCGUGUGCAUGGACUUUCAAAACAAGGCUGGCUUGAGCAAACUGCUUCGAUAUGAAUCGUCGGCGUUGGACCAAGGAAAAACCACGUCGCUGGACGAGUACGUAUCCCGCGCGCCGCCCGAUCAAAACGAAAUCUAUUACCUCUGUGCCCCAUCCCGCGAACUCGCGUUCCAGUCGCCCUACUAUGAAGCGUUCAAGAAGACCAAGAAGGAAGUGCUGCUCGUGUACCACUCCAUGGACGAUUUCGUCAUGAACAGCGUCGGCGAAUUCAACACGCGCAAGGUCGUGUCGGCCGAAGCCGCCAAGUUGGACGUGCAAGAGGUACGUGGUAUAUAUAUAUAUAUUUAUAUAAGUAUUUAUUUAUAUAUAGUGUGGGUGUCCUGUUCGAGGAAGCAGAUAACCUUACACAUGAGUGGGUAUUUUUUUGAACCAACAAUAUGUUGCGUUGGAUUUCAUGUGCGUUGUCGUGUAUAUAGAAUAUAUUUUUUACAAUGAUAUAUAUUCGGUCGUAGGACCACGACACAACCGACAAAUUGACCGAGGCUGACGCCAACCUCCUCACGGCGUGGCUCAGUCUUCAGCUAGAAGCCAGCGUGACCAAAGUCGAAGUGACCAACCGCCUGCACGACUCGCCGGCGGUCGUUACAGACCACGAGUCGGCAUCCGUCCGUCGCAUGAUGCAAAUGGUCAACCAAAGCCAAGGCGGCGGCGGCCUUCCAACUUCGUCCAAGCAUGUGCUGCAAAUCAACCCGCGCCACCCAAUCGUGGUGAAACUCCACCAGCUGCGCACGACCAACGAACCAUUGGCGGCCAAGAUCGCGGCGCAGGUCCAUAUCAAUGCAUGCUUGUCGGCCGGCCUCGUCGAGGACGGACGCGUUAUGAUCGGGGACCUCAACGUCCUCCUCGACGAACUCUUGACCCACAGCCUCAAGAAGUAGAGAGGGAGACAUUUCAUAGGCGGCUUACGACCGCCCAAAGUCAUUCUUGUAAUCAAAUAUAAGGAAGUCUCUAUAUAAUGGUGCA